UCCAAUUCCUGAAGUUGUCUGCUAAACAUUCUCCUCAGCCAGGGGCCAAGUUCAACAACUGUGUUCCAAGUCCUGGGAAGGACUACACACAACGAGCAGACUCUACAAGCACCUUUCCUAAGUAGAUCCGGCCCACUUGUGUCCUCCACAGUACCAGAGGACCAUCCCAAUAUGCAGUGGCUGAAGAAGUUUCAGUUCUCAUGGGGCAUCUUCAAAUUCUUCCAUAGCUCCUCCCCAAGCUCUUCUCAGCAGCACAGUGCAUCUACCUCAGGAGCUGGAACUCAAAGAUGGAAAGACUAUGAUUCACCUGAGGAAUUUAACUUUGCAAGAGAUGUGCUGGACUACUGGGCUCAAAUGGAGGAGGAGGGCAAGAGAGGCCCAGGUCCGGCCCUGUGGUGGGUGAAUAGCCAAGGAGAUGAGAUAAAGUGGAGCUUCCGAGAGCUGAGGGACUUAACCCGUCGUACUGCCAACGUCUUUGAGCAGACUUGUGGCCUGAAGCAGGGAGAUCGCCUGGCCUUGAUUCUGCCUCGAGUGCCCGAGUGGUGGCUAGUGACAGUGGGCUGCUUUCGAACAGGGAUUGUCUUCAUGCCUGGGACUACCCAGCUGAAAGCCAAGGACAUCCUCUACCGACUACAAACGUCUCAAGCAAAAGCCAUUGUGACCACAGGGAGCCUCGUCCCAGAGGUGGACUCUGUAGCUUCUGAGUGUCCUACCCUGAAAACCAAGCUGGUGGUGUCUGAUCAUAGCCAUGAAGGGUGGCUCAACUUCCGGUCACUGAUUAAAUCAGUACCCCCAGAUCACACCUGUGUUAAGUCAAAGAUGAAGGAUCCUAUGGCCAUCUUCUUCACCAGUGGGACCACAGGUUUCCCCAAAAUGGCAAAGCACAACCAGGGACUUGCCUUCCGGUCCUGUGUCCCUUCAUGCAGGAAAUUGUUGAACCUGAAGACAUCUGACAUCUUGUGGUGCAUGUCAGACCCAGGAUGGAUUCUGGCUACCGUGGGGGCCAUGAUCGAACCAUGGGCAUCAGGGGCUACAAUAUUCAUCCACCACCUCCCUCAGUUCGACCCCAAAGUCAUUGUAGAGGUACUGUUCAAAUACCCCAUCACUCAAUGCCUCGCUGCGCCAGCCGUGUACAGAAUGAUUCUUCAGCAGAAAAUCACCAAUCUCAGGUUCCCCAGCCUGGAGCACUGUACCACCGGCGGAGAGAGCCUGCUGCCUGAGGAGUACAAGCAAUGGGAGCAAAGGACAGGCAUUCUCAUCCAUGAGAUCUAUGGACAGUCAGAGACGGGGAUAAGCUGUGCUGUCUCGCGGGAAAUGAAGGUCAAGAGAGGCUCCAUUGGGAAGGCCAUAUUACCCUUCGACAUCCAGAUUAUUGACGAGAAAGGCAACAUCCUCCCGCCCAACACUGAAGGAUACCUUGGCAUCAGGAUCAAGCCCACCAGGCCUCUAGGCCUCUUUGUGGAAUAUGAGAAUAGCCCAGAGAAGACAGCUGAAGUAGAAUGUGGGGAUUUUUACAACAGUGGAGAUAGAGCAACGGUUGAUGAAGAUGGCUACUUCUGGUUCUUGGGCCGGAGUGAUGAUGUCAUCAAUGCUUCUGGGUACCGCAUUGGGCCUACAGAAGUGGAGAACGCCUUGGCGGAGCAUCCGGCGGUGGCGGAGUCGGCCGUGGUGAGCAGCCCGGACCUGAAUCGAGGAGAGGUGGUGAAGGCAUUUGUUGUCCUGACCCCCGAGUUCCUGCUGCACAAUCAGGAACAGCUGACCAAAGAUCUGCAGCAGCAUGUGAAGUCAGUGACAGCGCCGUACAAGUACCCCAGAAAGGUGGAGUUUGUUGCAGAAUUGCCCAAAACUGUCACGGGUAAAAUCAAAAGGAAGGAGCUUCGACUGAAGGAGUACAGUCAGAGGAGAUGAGCAACCAGCCCAGGAGCAUCCCAUGACCUGGCACAAUUACCACCCUUCCUGGAAGUCGUUUGUCCUGUAGAUGGCUACAGUGAACUCUCAAACUGGGUUUGUGGGCAAUAAAACAUGAACCUGAAUAGCA